AUGUCGCAUCUGAAUAUGUCCUCCUCGUUCGAUCCUUCGCUCUCGACAAGCGGUAUGCGGCCGCCUCUGGCCUCCGCGACAGCACCUUCGAUGGCGGACUCGCUCCCCAGCAUCAAUUUCGGAUUCGAAGAUUUGCGCAGCCGCAUGGCCCAGUUCACCGCUCACUUUGAUGCGUUUAUAGAGCGUGGGAGGAAGCAGGUUUUGGAAGAAAGGAAUCAGUUCAAGAGUGGUUUAGCUGAAUUACAAGAGGAUGAACGUAUGAGGCAACGAGAUAUUGAAAUUCUCAAUCUCAAAUCACAAACCCACGAACAGACCCUUCAGAAAGAGGCCGCUGAAGCCGCUGAGAUGCAUGCUGCUGUUUCAUCCGUGACAUUAGAACGUGACUCGCGUCUUGCAAAGCGUGAUCGGCUCAAGCAACAAAUUGAAGAAACACAAAAGGCCAUCAACCAAAAACUGGAAGCACAAAAAAGCCACUCUCGCUAUCUUGAUGCCCAAGCACGCUUGAACGUCCCGGAGCUUGAAUUCUGGCAGGACUAUCUAUGCUUACGGAUUGAAGGCGCGGGUAGGGAGGACCGAUUGAAAUUUGUCUACAGCCAUCUGCUGGAGAAGGAUUGGGAAGCCGAAGCAUGGUUUGAACUUGGCACUUCGAACCGCGACUAUGAAAUAUUUCAUUCACGACCCAAACUGGACAGGCAUUCUCUGGAUCGGGAGCUAGACAUGCUAAAUGAGGAUCGCGAUUUUGGUGCUUUUUUGAAAAGAAUGCGUAAGCUGUUCGUCGAUGUCUUGAAAUAG